UCCACCCUUAUCUGACGUAAUCAAGGCUCUUAAAGGCGCGUCCUGAAAACCCGCGUCAGUUCUCCAUUCUGAUAAUUUCAGUCUGACAAGACGUUUAAUUUGAAAUUUAAAGAAAACUCUAUUUCAAAUCAACUAUGCGUGAAAUAGUACAUAUUCAAGCUGGCCAAUGUGGUAACCAAAUCGGUGCCAAGUUUUGGGAAGUUAUUUCUGAUGAGCAUGGCAUUGACCCUACUGGUACAUAUCAUGGAGAUUCUGAUCUUCAAUUAGAAAGGAUCAAUGUAUACUACAAUGAAGCAUCAGGGGGAAAAUAUGUUCCACGAGCCAUCCUUUUGGAUCUUGAACCUGGAACCAUGGAUUCUGUUCGUUCAGGACCUUUUGGACAGCUUUUCAGACCAGAUAACUUCAUCUUUGGUCAAAGUGGAGCAGGUAACAAUUGGGCAAAAGGUCAUUAUACUGAAGGCGCUGAAUUAGUAGAUACAGUUUUGGAUGUUGUCCGAAAGGAAUCUGAAAGCUGCGAUUGCUUGCAAGGAUUCCAGUUGGCUCAUUCACUUGGUGGUGGAACUGGAUCUGGCAUGGGUACACUCCUUAUAUCCAAAAUCAGAGAAGAAUNGGUUGAUUAACAACCUGUUUCGAAUAUUAGUUUUAAUCAAAUUAAGGCAGCUAAAGCCCCUUUCACAGUCAACAGUGUGUCAGAUACCGUUGUAGAACCAUAUAAUGCUACUUUAUCAGUUCACCAGCUUGUUGAAAAUACAGAUGAAACCUUCUGUAUUGACAAUGAAGCUUUGUAUGACAUCUGCUUUAGAACCUUGAAACUCACAACCCCCACUUACGGUGAUCUCAAUCAUCUUGUAUCUGUAACCAUGUCCGGUGUCACAACUUGCCUCAGGUUCCCUGGCCAGCUAAAUGCUGAUCUGCGGAAACUUGCUGUCAACAUGGUCCCAUUCCCACGUCUUCAUUUCUUCAUGCCUGGUUUUGCUCCUCUUACAUCAAGAGGCAGUCAACAAUACAGAGCCCUGACUGUUCCAGAAUUGACUCAACAGAUGUUUGAUGCCAAGAAUAUGAUGGCUGCCUGCGAUCCAAGACACGGACGUUACUUAACUGUUGCCACCAUCUUCAGAGGACGAAUGAGCAUGAAGGAAGUUGAUGAGCAGAUGUUGAAUGUACAGAACAAAAAUAGCAGCUACUUCGUUGAAUGGAUUCCUAACAAUGUUAAGACCGCAGUUUGUGACAUUCCACCAAGAGGAUUGAAAAUGUCUGCUACCUUCAUUGGAAACAGCACCGCCAUCCAAGAAAUUUUCAAGAGAAUCUCAGAACAAUUCACUGCUAUGUUCCGUCGUAAGGCUUUCUUGCAUUGGUAUACUGGUGAGGGAAUGGACGAGAUGGAAUUCACUGAAGCAGAGUCCAACAUGAAUGAUUUGGUAUCUGAAUAUCAACAAUACCAAGAAGCUACUGCUGAUGAUGAGGGGGACUUUGAAGAGGAAGAUGUUGCUAAUGAAACUGCUUAAUUUUCAAAAAGAUGUCUUGUUCAUACUGUACACUUUUUUUUCUUAAAGUUCAUAUCUAAAUUUCUGCUUGACAACAAACCACCGAUUUUUGUUGCAUUUGUGUAUAAUUAAUCCAGCUGUAAUAAAUUUUUUUUCAAUCCUUAAA